UUCAGACUUCUUACCUUUGUUUUUUCAGCACAAACUGCUUGCAGGUUUUGGAAGGCUGUGAAAGGACUUAUCAUUUGUGUGUUAGUGUUUUCUGUGUAUCAUCAUAUUACCUUGCUUUUCCCUGGACAGCUGUGUUCAAAGCUUCAUGUGGAAAUCUUUCUAUUGAAGAGAGAUAAAAAGGAUCCUUAAUCUGAUUCUCUUUGGAUCUUUCUAUUUUUAUGGUAUAAGUUUAUCUAUUCAUGGGGCUGAAAAGCGUGCGCAAAUCUGUCAGAGGAGAACUGCAGCAAGCUACCCAGUGUCACAGCGUCCGCCUGUGGUCGGGCAUCCUUCACUCCCACGAGUCAGAAGGUCAAUAAAAAUGGAAGCCUCGUCUUCUGGAUCUAGUAUUUCGGCAGUCACUGGUGGAAAAGCAAAAACCCAUCAGACAGAAGGAAGAGAGGAUUUGCAGGUUAACCGGCUGGAAACGCAAAUAUGGAUAAAACCAGACAUACAGAAGACAGAUGUGGACUUUUCAGAAAUUCUUAAUGCAAUACAAGAAAUAGCUAAGGAUGUCAACAUUUUUUUUGAUGAGUUAGAAGGCGUGAACAGCCCUUCCAAAGAUGACGACUCCCUGCUUCACCAUGGUAAUUUGACCAGUACUUCUGAUGAUGCCAGCAGGUUGGAAGUUGUGGGAGAGGAAGUACCAGAUAAGAACAAAGCCAAUGGACUAUAUUUUAGAGAUGGGAAAUGUCGAAUUGACUACAUCCUGGUAUAUAGAAAAUCUAAUCCACAGACAGAAAAGAGGGAGGUAUUUGAGAGAAAUAUCAGAGCAGAAGGUCUUCAAAUGGAAAAAGAGUCAUCUCUAACAAACAGUGACAUCAUCUUUGUGAAGUUGCAUGCCCCUUGGGAGGUCCUGGGCAAAUAUGCUGAACUAAUGAAUGUAAGAAUGCCUUUCAGGCCCUUUAACCCCUUCAAUGCUGGAGCCCCCUGCAUACUUGUGCGCUGCUGUUUUUUAAAUGGACAUUUCAUUGAAAUCAAUGGGAGGUCAAGAAGAUCCAGGAGAAAAAUCUAUUACCUGCACCGCCGAUACAAGUUCAUGAAUAGGAUCGAGAAACAAAUAAGCAGGUUUCGAGGAUGGUUACCUAGAAAGCCAAUGAAACUGGACAAGGAGACACUGCCAGAUCUGGAGGAGAAUGACUGCUAUACCGCUCCAUUCAGCCAACAAAGGAUCCAUCACUUCAUCAUCCACAACAAAGAUACUUUCUUCAAUAAUGCUACAAGAAGUAGAAUUGUACACCAUAUCUUACAAAGAGUGAAAUACGAAGAAGGGAAAAAUAAAAUUGGUCUGAAUCGAUUGCUCAGUAAUGGCUCCUAUGAAGCUGCAUUUCCUCUUCAUGAGGGAAGUUACAGAAGUAAGAAUUCGAUAAGAACACAUGGGGCAGAAAACCACAGACACCUGCUCUAUGAGUGCUGGGCUUCCUGGGGAGUGUGGUAUAAAUACCAACCACUGGAUCUUGUGAGACGGUACUUUGGUGAGAAAAUUGGGCUGUACUUUGCCUGGUUAGGCUGGUACACAGGGAUGCUCUUCCCAGCUGCCUUCAUUGGAUUGUUUGUCUUUUUGUAUGGAGUCACCACUUUGAACCACUGCCAAGUCAGUAAAGAAGUCUGCCAAGCUACAGAUAUCAUCAUGUGUCCUAUAUGUGAUAAAUACUGUCCCUUCAUGAGGUUGUCAGACAGCUGCGUUUAUGCCAAGGUAACCCACCUUUUUGACAAUGGAGCUACUGUCUUUUUUGCUGUUUUCAUGGCAGUGUGGGCAACUGUUUUUCUGGAGUUUUGGAAAAGAAGGCGAGCAGUAAUUGCUUAUGACUGGGACUUGAUAGACUGGGAAGAAGAAGAGGAGGAAAUACGUCCGCAGUUUGAAGCCAAGUACUCCAAGAAAGAACGAAUGAACCCCAUAUCCGGGAAGCCAGAGCCUUAUCAAGCAUUUGCAGAUAAAUGCAGCAGACUCAUUGUUUCUGCAUCUGGAAUAUUUUUUAUGAUCUGUGUGGUGAUUGCUGCUGUUUUUGGCAUUGUUAUUUACCGUGUUGUGACUGUCAGCACUUUUGCUGCCUUUAAGUGGGCUUUAAUCAGGAAUAACUCUCAGGUUGCGACUACAGGGACUGCAGUAUGCAUCAACUUUUGCAUCAUCAUGCUACUGAAUGUGCUGUAUGAAAAGGUUGCUCUUUUCCUGACAAAUUUAGAGCAGCCUCGUACCGAAUCCGAGUGGGAGAACAGCUUCACUCUGAAAAUGUUUCUUUUUCAGUUUGUCAAUCUGAACAGCUCUACCUUUUAUAUAGCAUUCUUCCUUGGAAGAUUUACAGGACACCCUGGUGCCUACUUAAGGCUGAUAAACCGGUGGAGACUGGAAGAGUGCCACCCUAGUGGAUGCCUUAUUGAUCUCUGUAUGCAAAUGGGUAUUAUAAUGGUGCUAAAGCAGACCUGGAAUAAUUUCAUGGAACUGGGCUACCCGCUAAUCCAAAACUGGUGGACCAGGAGAAAACUACGGCAAGAGUAUGGCACACAGAGAAAAACAAGCUUCCCACAGUGGGAAAAGGACUACAAUCUGCAGCCUAUGAAUGCUUAUGGACUCUUUGACGAAUACCUAGAAAUGAUUCUUCAGUUUGGGUUCACAACCAUUUUUGUGGCAGCUUUUCCACUGGCACCGCUUCUGGCCUUACUUAACAAUAUCAUUGAAAUUCGGCUUGAUGCAUACAAAUUUGUUACCCAGUGGAGAAGACCUUUAGCUUCAAGAGCCAAAGAUAUAGGAAUCUGGUACGGGAUCCUGGAAGGCAUUGGAAUUCUUUCUGUCAUCACAAAUGCAUUUGUUAUAGCUGUGACAUCAGAUUUCAUCCCUCGCCUUGUUUAUGCUUACAAAUAUGGACCUUGUGCUGGCCAAGGAGAAGCUGGACAAAAGUGUAUGGUUGGCUAUGUUAAUGCCAGUUUAUCAGUAUUUCUGGUGUCUGACUUUGAAAACCGUUCAGAGCCAACAUCAAAUGGAAGCGAAUUCUCUGGGUCACCAUUAAAAUAUUGCAGGUACAGGGACUACCGAGACCCUCCUCACUCCCCAGUGCCCUACGGUUACACGCUGCAGUUCUGGCAUGUCUUAGCAGCGCGGUUGGCUUUCAUUAUUGUGUUUGAGCACCUUGUCUUUUGCAUAAAGCACCUGAUUUCCUACUUAAUCCCAGAUCUCCCUAAAGAUCUGAGAGAUCGGAUGAGGAGAGAAAAGUACCUGAUUCAGGAAAUGAUGUAUGAAGCUGAACUAGAACGUCUGCAGAAGGAGCGGAAGGAAAGGAAGAAGAAUGGAAAAUCUUACCACAAUGAGUGGCCAUGAUGGGGUGACCGUCCUAUAUGUUGUUUACUUAUUCCAGCUCCACAAGAGCACUACCUUCAAGGGAAUGAGAAAAAAAUGCAACCUCAAUGCAUGCCACAGACAUUUUACAUAGCAAGCAGGACAGCACACAUCAAAGGACUUACUGUGAAAUCAUCUUGCAAUCAGCAUAGGAUUGACCUCCAUAGACCACUCUUGACAGCAAGCAUGCACUUCAUGAGCAGUUACACGCCAGUUUUUAAAACCAAGGAAAAAAAAUUGUAUAUUGGGACUGUUUUUCAGCCUGUUUGCUACGUUUUUUGCAUUCUGUCUCAUGUUGGUUUUACAGAUCUUAGAACAAAAAAUGUAAAUGAACAACCUGGAUACUUCGGCAAAAGAAAA